UGCAGCAAAACCCUUUGCUUUUUACUUAUUGCCCGCUUUUACUCGGAACACAAACUAAACCCUCCACCCUCGGUGCGCAACACAGGAAGCAAACAUGUCGAACUCCGGCGACGCAAAUGCAGCAGCACAAGAGCAAGAACAAGAAUGGGCGACGAUGGCUCAAGCAUGGCUGUGCUCCUUCCCGGAGCCCAAGGAAGUGACCAUGGCGGAGGUUGAAGCUUGGAUCGACUCUAACCUCUCUUCUCUCCCUGAGGGUAUCCAAUCCAUGCCUCACCCAGAUCUUUGCCAUAGACUCAUCUCCAUUCAAAAUUGCAUGAGACUCCCUAAUCAGGAAAAGGAAGCAAAUAAUGUUGAUGUUCCUCAUGCACGAUUUCAACGCACUGAUCAAUGGCUUCCUGUGUAUGCUUGGUUAGAAACAUUAAACAAGGACGAGGUAGUUAAGUCUAAGGAAAUUUCUGAGUGGUUAGAGCAGAACCCUGAUAUCCAAGAACAGUUAUGCUCCAGGCAUACUCGUUAUCACUUGAUGCAUUAUGUAAAAAAAUGCCAUUUCAAAAUAUUGAAAAGAAGACAAAAGGGGAAGGGUUUAGAGCUGCCUGGCAAAGAGUUGUCAUUAAAAGUUCAGAAAGAUGUGCCAAUGAAACGCCCAGCCCCACUUCCAAGUACUCCUGUAAUCAAUCUUCCCAGAGUUCCCAAAGAUAGUGAUUUGUUCUUGGCCAAAAAAAAUGAAGCCUAUCAAAAAUAUCAGAUGUAAGUGAAUUAACAGAUUAUUUCUAUAUUGCAC